AUGGUUGGGAAGUCAAAUAAGCUCUUUGUGUUGAAACGUGGUGGAAGAAUGGAGGAGGUGCAUAUUGAUAAAAUAACAUCCAGGAUUAAAAAGCUAUGCUAUGGUUUAAACAUGGAUUUUGUUGAUCCCGUCUCCAUUACCCUAAAAGUCAUCAGUGGCAUAUAUUCUGGAGUGACCACUGUUGAAUUGGACAACUUAGCUGCUGAAACAGCAGCUACUAUGACAACUGAUCAUCCUGAUUAUGCAAUAUUGGCUGCAAGACUAGCCAUAUCUAAUUUGCACAAGGAAACCAAAAAACACUUUUCAGAUGUUAUGAGUGACCUGUACAAUCUGAAGAAUCCACACACUCAAAAGGAGACACCCAUGAUCUCUGAAUUCCAUUACAAUAUAAUUAAAAAAAACAAAGAAAGAUUAGACUCGGCUAUUGUUUAUGAUAGAGAUUUCAAAUAUAAUUACUUUGGGUUUAAAACAUUGGAAAGAUCUUAUUUAUUAAAAAUAAAAAAUAAGGUUGCAGAACGGCCUCAGCAUAUGUUAAUGAGAGUUUCCAUUGGUAUACAUGGUGAAGACAUAGAUAGCGCCAUAAAUACUUACAAUCUACUCUCUGAGAAGUACUUCACCCAUGCUAGUCCAACACUUUUUUCAGCUGCCACACCACGUCCACAGCUGUCCUCUUGUUUUCUGAUUGCAAUGAAAGAUGAUAGCAUUGAAGGCAUUUAUGAUACACUGAAGCAAUGCGCUUUAAUUUCAAAAUCGGCUGGUGGAAUUGGUGUCCAUGUACACUGUAUAAGAGCUAAGGGUACCUACAUAGCUGGCACCAAUGGAGUCUCUAAUGGACUAGUCCCCAUGUUAAGAGUUUAUAAUAAUACAGCCCGCUAUGUAGAUCAAGGUGGAAAUAAAAGACCCGGUGCUUUUGCUGUAUACUUGGAGCCUUGGCAUAGUGACAUCUUUGAAUUCUUAGAUUUAAAAAAGAACACAGGAAAAGAAGAAGUACGUGCAAGAGAGUUAUUUUAUGCUUUGUGGAUACCAGAUUUGUUUAUGAAAAGAGUGGAAGCAAAUGAAAAUUGGAGUCUCAUGUGCCCUCAUGAGUCUCCUGGGCUUGCUGAUUGUUGGGGUGAAGAGUUUGAUGCUCUCUAUCACCAAUAUGAAAAAGAAGGACGAUUUAUUAAACAAGUUAGAGCACAGGUUUUAUGGAAAGCUAUAAUAGAGUCACAAGUGGAAACUGGAACCCCCUUUAUGUUAUACAAAGAUUCAUGCAACAGAAAAAGUAACCAAAAGAACUUAGGCACAAUUAAAUGCAGCAAUCUUUGUACUGAAAUUGUUGAAUACACCUCACCUGAUGAAGUUGCUGUUUGUAAUUUGGCUUCAAUUGCUUUGAACAUGUUUGUUAAUGAAGAUAAAACAUAUAACUUUACAAAGCUAAAGGAUGUCACAAAAAUAAUAACCCAAAACUUGAAUAAGAUAAUUGAUGUUAAUUAUUAUCCAGUACCUGAGGCAAGAAAUUCAAAUAUGAGACACAGGCCCAUAGGAAUUGGAGUGCAAGGAUUAGCUGAUGCUUUUGUUUUGAUGAGAAUCCCGUAUGAAAGUGAAGAAGCUAUUAAAUUAAACCAGCAAAUAUUUGAAACCAUUUACUAUGGAGCUUUAGAAGCAAGUUGUGAAUUAGCUGAGAAAUAUGGAGUGUAUGAAACAUAUGAAGGCAGUCCUGCAAGUCAAGGGAUCUUACAAUAUGAUAUGUGGAACAAGGUUCCAACAGACCUUUGGAAUUGGGCUACCAUCAAAGAAAAAAUUGCAAAACAUGGAUUAAGAAAUUCAUUGUUACUGGCACCCAUGCCCACAGCCUCCACUGCUCAAAUAUUAGGCAAUAAUGAGUCCUUUGAACCAUUUACAUCAAACAUUUAUCAGAGACGUGUUUUGUCUGGCGAGUUUCAAGUGGUAAAUCACCAUCUUUUGCAUGAUUUAACUGAAGCAGAUUUAUGGGAUGAAGAUAUGAAGAAUCUCAUUAUACAUCACAAUGGAUCUAUUCAAAAGAUAGAAUCUAUACCAAAGACAAUAAGGGACUUAUAUAAAACUGUUUGGGAAAUUUCUGUUAAAACAACAAUCCAAAUGGCUGCAGACAGAGGAGCUUUUAUUGAUCAGAGCCAAUCUUUUAACAUUCAUGUCGCAGAGCCAAAUUAUGGAAAAUUGACAUCUAUUCAUUUCUAUGCCUGGAAGAUGGGUUUAAAAACAGGCAUGUACUAUUUACGUACAAAGCCAGCGGUUAAUGCCAUACAAUUUACAGUUGAUAAAUCUAGGGUUAAAAAUAAAGCUAUAAAUGGCAGGUCAGAAUCCAUUAAUGAUAAAUCAGAAGCCGAUGACGCCAACAUGGCAGCUAUUACAUGUUCCUUGCAAAAUAAGGACGAAUGUCUUAGCUGUGGGUCGUAA